GAAGAACAGAGGAGAGAGAGAGAGAGAGCAGAGUGAAGAACAGACAAGAGAAAGAGAGUCAGAGAGAGAGGAUGGAAUUUCUGCAAUGGAGGGUAUUUCCUCUAUUAUUUUUGCUUGCCUCCUUUAUUCUGUUGUACAUGAAGACCUCUCCCAAGCUAUCCAACAGUAAGUGCAGCCUUCUCCCUCACGACACCUAUUGGGUAUACAGCAAGCGGAUUGUAACUCCAGAUGGAGUCAUUGCUGGUGCAGUCGAGGUGAAAGGAGGGAACAUUGUUUCUGUGGUUAAAGGAGAUUACCAACAUGGGAAAGUCUCAAGCAAACAUGUGGUUGAUUAUGGGGAGGCUGUUGUCAUGCCUGGAUUGAUCGAUGUGCACGCACAUCUUGAUGAACCUGGAAGGACAGAAUGGGAAGGAUUUUCCUCAGGGACUAAAGCAGCUGCUGCUGGUGGUAUCACAACAUUGAUCGAGAUGCCCCUUAACAGUGAUCCAUCAACAGUGUCAGAAGAAACAUUAAGACUCAAGGUUGAGGCAGCCCAUGAGAAAAUCUACGUUGAUGUUGGUUUCUGGGGAGGACUUGUUCCUGAUAAUGCCUUCAAUAAGAGUUCUCUAGAGGGUCUUCUUGAAGCAGGUGUUCUUGGUCUGAAGUCCUUUAUGUGCCCUUCAGGAAUAAAUGACUUCCCAAUGACAAAUGCAAGCCAUAUCAAGGAAGCGUUGCAUACACUAGCAAAGUACAAAAGGCCUUUGCUUGUACAUUCAGAAAUUCAACUGGAUACUGAAAGUGAAGUAGAACCAAAAGAUGGCGUCGAUGAUGUUCGGUCUUACUCAACAUAUCUUAAGACUAGGCCACCAUCCUGGGAGGAGGCAGCUAUUCGGGAGCUACUAAGUGUAUUAGAAGACAUAAAGAGUAGUGGCUAUACAGAAGGAGCCCAUCUUCAUAUUGUUCAUUUGGCAGAUGCAAGAGCUUCACUUGAUCUUAUCAAAGAAGCAAAGAGCAACGGUUUCAGCCUAAGUGUAGAGACAUGCCCCCAUUACCUGGCAUUUUCAGCUGAAGAGAUUCCAGAUGGGGAUACCCGCUUUAAGUGCUCCCCUCCAAUACGUGAUGCGGCCAAUAGACAAAAGUUAUGGGAGGCUUUGAUGGAAGGGCACAUUGACAUGCUAAGCUCUGAUCACUCACCAACAAUACCAGCUCUUAAGCUUCUUGAUGAAGGCAACUUUUUAAGGGCAUGGGGUGGCAUAUCAUCUUUACAGUUUGUUCUUCCUGUCACAUGGUCUUAUGGGCAAAAAUAUGGAGUGAGUUUGAGUCAAUUAUCUUCAUGGUGGAGCGAGAAGCCAGCAAAGCUCGCAGGCCAAAACCUGAAGGGAGCUAUCGUGAGCGGCAACCAUGCAGAUAUCGUCGUAUGGGAACCAGACGUGGAGUUUGAACUCAAUGAGGACUAUGCCACGCACCAUAAGCAUCCCAAUCUUACCGCCUACAUGGGAACGAAGUUAUCAGGAAAAGUUCUAGCAACUUACGUGAGAGGUAACCUUGUAUACAAAGACGGGAAGCAUGCCAUGGCCGCUUGCGGUAUUCCAAUCCUCGCAACAAGUGCCCUCUUGCAAAUGGAGGUCUGCAACUGUUUCAUUUCCAUCGUAAAACCGCUCAAUCUCUUCUCCCGCUCUAAGGUUCACCAGUUCCUCCGAUGCUCUGCUCGACCGUCUGGUUCUGCUGAAUUUAGGAUUAGGGUUUCGGAUGACCUCCGAAAGGAGACAGAGAAGACACUGGAAUGGCAUUCCAUCUGCUUGCAGUUCUCCAACUUUUCUUCGACAAACAUGGGUCGGUCUCUUGCCCAGAACGGAAGUCUGCCGUUUGGUUGUGACCGGAAAGAGAGUGAGAAGCUCUUGGAGCAGACGACAGCUGCGGCCUUUCUUCCUCAGGCGUUGGAUUUCUCAGGUAUUGAAGAUGUGGGGGAGAUCGUGAGGUCGUCAGUUGCAGGAAAGUUGCUGAGUAUUGGAGAGCUUUGUUUGGUUGAGCGGAGUCUACGAUCAGCAAGGGGGAUUUUCGAGCAGUUGGAAGAUGUUUCAUCACGGGCUGGAGAGGAUUCGGGGAGGUACACUCCACUGCUUGAAAUACUUGAGAACUGCAAUUUUCUAACAGAAUUCGAACAAAAAAUAGGGUUUUGUAUAGAUUGUAGUCUUUCAGUUGUUUUGGAUCGAGCUAGCGAGAAACUGGAAUUCAUUAGGUCAGAGAAAAGGAGGAACAUGGAGAAUUUGGAAUCUCUGUUGAAGGGAAUCUCAACUACGAUUUUCCAGGCCGGGGGUAUUGAUAGCCCAUUGAUUACUAAGCGCCGAUCUCGAAUGUGUGUUGGUAUUCGGGCUUCGCACAAAUCUUUGCUGCCUGAUGGAGUGAUUCUGGAUAUUAGUAAUUCUGGGGCUACAUACUUUAUGGAACCCAGAGAUGCAGUGGAUCUGAACAACAUGGAAGUGAGACUCUCGAAUUCUGAGAGAGCUGAGGAACUAGCUAUUCUGAGCAUGCUAACUUCUGAAAUAGCUGACUCAGAAAUGGAGAUUAGAUAUUUGAUGGAGAAAAUUCUUGAAUUGGAUCUUGCAUCUGCUAGAGGCGCUCAUGCCCGAUGGAUAAAUGGUGUGUGCCCUGUUCUUACUGACAGAUGUGAAGCUCUGGACUCAAAUGCACCUGGGGGAUCUUUAUCAGUGGAUAUUGAAGGAAUUCGGCAUCCCUUACUCAUUGAAUCCUCUCUUAGCAGUUUGACCUCUAUUCCGGCAUCAGAUCUAGGGAGUUCAGUUCGUUUGAAUUGGAUGAAUGGUAAAAUGAAGCUAGGAAGAUUGCCAGCAGGCAGAGCUGAUUUUCCUGUGCCAUUAGACAUCAAAAUAGGACAGACCACGAAGGUGGUUGUGAUCUCGGGACCCAAUACUGGAGGAAAAACAGCGACUAUGAAAACUUUGGGUGUGGCAGCUCUCAUGUCUAAGGCUGGAAUGUAUUUACCUGCUAAGCACCGGCCAAGGCUUCCGUGGUUCAAUCAUGUUUUAGCAGAUAUCGGAGAUCACCAGUCGUUGGAACACAACCUCUCCACCUUUAGCGGGCACAUCUCGCGCAUCUGUAAAAUCAUGGAAGUGGCUACCAAAGAUUCACUCGUUCUCAUUGACGAAAUCGGAAAUGGCACUGACCCAUCAGAAGGUGUGGCUCUUUCCACCAGCAUUUUGCAGUACCUUGUGGAUCGAGUUAAUCUAGCUGUCGUGACUACCCAUUACGCAGAUAUAAGUCUUCUGAAGUUAAGGGAUGCACGAUUUGAAAAUGCUGCAAUGGAGUUCUGUAUGAAGACUUUACAGCCUACAUAUCGUGUACUGUGGGGAAGUGCUGGUAAUUCCAAUGCCUUGAACAUUGCCAAAUCAAUAGGUUUCGACCAGAAAGUGCUGGAUCGUGCCCACGAAUGGGUGGAGAAGCUGAUGCCAGACAAGCAAAAGGAACGGAAGGGUUUUGUUUAUCACUCUCUGCUGGAAGAAAGAAACAAGUUGCAGGUGCAGGCUAAGAAGGCUUCUUCUGUUCUUUCGGAAGUUAUGAAGCUUCAUCUUGAGAUUCUUUCUGAGGCUGAAGAUCUGGAUGGACGCGAGGCGGCUGUGAAAGCAAAGGAGUUGCAACGGGUCCAACAAGAACUGAAAGCUGCAAAAUCUCAGAUAGAUGCUGUAGUCAAGAACUUCGAGAACCAUCUCAACAGUGCAAAUUCUGAUCGACACAAUGUGCUACUUAAAGAAUCAGAAGCAGCUAUUGCAUCCAUCAUGGAAUCACACCAUCCCCGUCUGAGCAGUGAUUCAUCAGUUCUGCAGUCAGGUAAUGUUGGUUCGUAUUUACCUCAAGUGGGCGAUCAAGUCCAUGUGCGGGGGUUCGGGAAUAAGUUGGCUACUGUUGUUGAAGCAUCUGGAGAUGAUACCACUGUUUUAGUCCAGUUUGGGAAAAUGAAAAUGCUGGUUAAGAAAAACGACAUUAAAGCAAUUCCUAUUGACAGAAGAAGUACCAAGACUAGCUCCUUGCAGUUAAAAGGGCAGGCUCAGCGUCGAAACCCUAAGCAAAUAACUGCAGAGUCAAUCAAGGGCGAGCAGGUUCCCUAUGGCCCAGCAGUGCAGACAUCAAAGAACACAGUGGAUCUACGUGGCAUGCGAGUCGAGGAAGCAACUCACCACCUACGCAUGGCCAUUUCAGCAAGCGAAUCGGGCAAAGUUCUCUUUGUCAUUCAUGGGAUGGGCACUGGAGUGGUCAAGGAGCGGGCCCUUGAAGUAUUAAGCAAUCAUCCACACGUUGCCAAGUUCGAACAAGAGAGACCCAUGAAUUAUGGAUGUACAAUUGCAUAUAUCAAAUAAAUUAGGCAGACACUGAUCUAUUCCUCAAAAUUUCAAA